AUGGAAAGUGGACAUCGAACGCAGGCUCGACGCGUCAAAGUGUACACCUUGGAUGGAGAUAAAUGGAUUGAUAAGGGAACGGGGUACUGUACGGGAGAGCUUAAGGGCGGGCCUCAUUUCAUGGUGAGGAACGAAAACAACUCAUCAGAGAUAUUAUUAAAGGCAUCGAUCGAGGGAUCGAUGCAAUAUCAACGUCAACAGGAUACUUUAAUAGUGUGGACGGAUCUUGAAGGUAACGAUUAUGCACUUUCUUUUCAAGAACCGGAAGGUUGCUUAGCCCUCUGUAAGUUUCUAAUCGAUCUCCAGCGAACUACCGAGCCUAAUAUUUCCCUUGUUGCCGUUUUCUCUAAUGGGGAAGAUGGAGAGGUCACAGAGGUGAUUGCCGGCCCUGUACCUGAACCGAGUAUACCCACGGAUGACAAUUUAGCCGAACUACUUGAUCUUGUAAGCCAAGGAUCCAAGUUCCCCAAGUUUAGAGAAAUGCUACUGGCUUACAUACAGGAAAAGAAAUACCUACACAUACUUAUUGACACAUUUCAUCGCAACGAGACUCGUCACAAAAUUUCAAACCUACAUUAUUUAUGCGAUAUUAUUAAGACGAUUAUAUUCUACAAUGAUCCGGACAUCUUGGACACUUUGUUGGAAGAUGAUACUAUUGAUGGGGUCUUAGGAAUGCUAGAAUAUGACGUUGAGCUUGGUAAUAUGAAGACAAAUAAUCGUGAGUAUCUCGCUAAGAUGACCCGCUCUCAAGAAGUAGUACCCAUCACUAACAAUGAUAUCAAAAAUCUAUUGAAAAAAACCUUUAGAUUACAGUUUCUGAAAGACGUUGUGUUGGCUCGGGUAUUGGACGAUGCCACAUUCAAUGGAAUCUCCAAUCAUAUUCAAAUAAACGAGGAAAGAAUUCUUAAAUUUAUUAAGAACGAUCGCUGCUUUCUUGCCGACCUAUUUGAAUACUUCAAUACCGAUGGUACAACAGAACCAGGGCUGGCAAAUAAGAGGCAAGAGGCAAUCAGGUUGCUUCAUCAGAUGGUUCUGAUUGCCAAAGAACUACAACCUUCUCCGAGAACAAGAUUUUUCAAGGCAUUGAUCGAAAAGGGAUUAUUUAAGGCCGUUCAAUUUGCACUUAAGCAGAAGUGCCAAGACGAUAUUAGCCGAGUAUUGGCGACAGAAGUUAUAGUCACUAUAAUUGAGCAUGACGUGUUCCUCUUUCGGAAAUCAUGUGGUCCUGGAAAUAAUGAGAGCAGAUUUUUGGAAAGUAGAGAUACAUACGAUACGGCACUCAUCAACAUAUUGACAGGAAUACUUAUUAAUGAACCCAACAUUGGCCUGAAAACCCAAGCAUUUGAGGCCUUGAAGAUGAUUCUAGACCCCUCGAAUUUGACUAACGCACCAGAAUCACUCCGCUCUUCGCCUGCCAAUUCAUCCAGUGACGAUGAUAAUGACUGCAUAACUAAUCCAUGCGAAACGUUCUUGGAAUCGUUCUAUAAAUAUUCUGCCAAUCGACUUUUUGCGCCGUUGAUGACGAUUAACGAGAAUAAUAUGAUUGGCAGGGGAGAUAUGGUCACAUACAUCGGACUAUGUGAAUUGUGCAGUUUUAUUGCUCGGGAGCACGAUAAGUUCUACAGCCAUAGAUUUAUUGUAGAAAGGAAACUUUUGGACGGGGUGGCUCAAUUGAUGGACAAGAAGUAUCCUUAUCAGUUAAGGAUUUGCGCGCUCCGCUGUAUCAAAGUUAUCAUCUUACUCGAUGACGAUAUUUUGACCAGCUACAUUAUUCAGAAUGAAACCCUUAGUAAAUUUGUCUCAUUCCUAACAGAAACCAAUAACUGCAACAGUUUGGUAAACUCUGUUUGCUUAAACUUGCUCGAAAUUUUGAUACAGAAUAACAACCUUCGGAACUUUCAUCGGAUUGGCAGGCAUCUUGUUACCAGCUAUGGCCGUUUACUAAAGGAUAAUUUCUUGGGAGAGCAUUUGGUUCAAAUUAUGUCCAUCGAAGAAGAUCAGAUAGAGACCACCAACGAUGGCGAAGAAGACAAUAAGCAUGAGGUACUGAGGAGUGAAGACAGCUCUUUAGUAUUUGGAGAAGAGGAUAGGUCUGCAGAUAUCUCAUCACUUCAAACACCAGCAGACAUGUCAAAUAUUGAUACAAGUAUAUUAUUAGAGAGAAGAGAAGAGGAUGGAAAUCCCCAAGACAAGGGGAAGAAUGGUAAGGAAGAGGAAAAAUCGGACGAUAGAGACGACAGCACUCAAGCAAAGGAGAAGGUCGUCGACGAAAGUCUUCUUCUGGCUAUCAGUAAGGCCUGA